AUGAAGCUCCAGGUGGUUCCACUCGGUUCUAUCACCGUAGGCCCGAAGUCCUGGCAUGAAAGUACGGUCCGCUCCAUCCGGCGUGCCGAGCACCUGGUUCGGCAGACCCGAGCUGCGACAACAUGCCAUCCAAAGAAAGGAGAAAUAAGAUGUCAAGAUCUCAAACUGCAAAGUCAACGGAUGCUCAUGGCUCCAUUCCCACUCUCCAGCUUGCGCGAGCAGUGUGCAGCAGCCAGCGUGGCGGUGGCCGGCGAGUACAUGCGCCAGGUGCGGGACGUGGAGGUGCAGCUGCGCAGACAGGCGAGCAGGGUGAACCAGGAGGUCGCCAAGCUUGAGCGGGAGAGAGGGCACCUGGAGAAGAUGCUGCAAAGCCUCCGGGCCAGUUUGGAGGUGAACAGGCGGGGCUCUGAGAGGAGAACCAAGAGGCCUGCCACCUCGGAGACGGAGAAAGAUGGUGCUGAUUACUUGCUGGCGCUGGAAAGGAGAGAGCUGACCCAGUUGAAAGGGGACCUGGAUGGAGCGCUAGGAAGCACACAGAGCCAUCUGCAGGCCCUCCUUCAGAGCAGCAAAAAGCUCCUACAAUGUGUCGCAGAGCGGGCCUGAGUCCUGGAGCUGCUGCCUCCUAGGGGUUCUCCCAGAGGACGUGGGGCAGCCACCCAGACCUUCAGCAGCGCAGACCCCCUUAGCCCCUUUACACCAGAGUGCAAACAGGCUUUAGAGUCGUCCGCCUCAGCGCUCAGCCAGUCGCAGCUGCUGAGAGCAAAAGUCAGAGAGAUGCUGACCGCCGCUAUCGCUAGGCAGAGGGAAUGCCACCUCAGCGUCAAUGACGGCCUGGUGAAGAAGAUUGCAGAGACAGUCAGUCUGGAGCAAAGCCUGACGCUGACCAUGGCAGCCACCAGGCAGGCGGAGUUCCGCAAGCAAAGGGAGGUCAACUGUAUCCGCCACAGCCACGGCAGAGCACAGCUGAACAGACCUGUGGUGCAGGUGUACCACAGACACCCAGGGACGCUUUUACCCGAGGCUACUCGUCUUAUACAGGGGAGCGCUGUUCUGCGGCGGUGUCUCAAGUCGUCCGAGGACGAGCUGCUGAGGCUCCGGCGGGCCUGCCAGCGGCUGACGGAGGAGCUGCUUUGCAAGAGGGUCGCGGCACAGGUGGACGCCGCCGUGGUCCGCAUGAGGCGCCAGCAGGUGAACAUGCGAGCCAUGCCCGUUCUCCUCCAGGGGGCACACAGACGACAAUUGCCCUGUGUGCAGUAGAGCUGGAUUUACAG